AUCGUUAUCGGCAUUAGGUUGGCGUACAAUUGAGGCGUAAUGAUAAACUAAAACCAAGAAGGCGCGGUAUAUUGUUUGAAACAAUUAUAUUUAUUUAAACCAGUUAAAGGAUCAGUAUCCAUGCUUUGUCAUGGAGGGACACCGCGCCUUAAGCUCCAAGCAAUUGAUGGGACGAAUAGAGUCCGUGUACUGCAAAGAUUUCGUCUCGUACAGCGAAAUAACAUUUCAUCCGAAGCACUAUCUGAAUGUACUGACCGGCCCGAAUGGCAGUGGCAAGUCAACAAUUGUCUCGGCCAUUAUUCUUGGCCUGGGCGGCGAGCCGCAUCUUCUGGAUAGAUCCGCCAGCGUUGCUGACUACAUACAGAGCAACAAGACCACGGCCACGAUAAUUGUCGGGGUUUACGGACGGUCAGCCAACACCACGGAGACCUUUAAGCGCGUCAUCAAGUCGAAUGGAUCGUCCACCUUCUCCGUGAACAACAAAGAUAUUUCCAAGAAGAACUUCCUGGUUGCCGUAUCAUCCUAUAAUAUACAAGUCAGUAAUCUAUGUCAGUUCCUCCCGCAGGAUCGGGUUCAGGACUUUUCCAAAAUGAAUCCCCAAGAGCUUCUGCUCAAUACUAUGUCUUCCGUGUGUGAUGAUGAGCUCACCCAGAGUUUUAAUCUUUUGAAGCAGAUGCGCUCACAACAGGAGAAUACCCAUGCUAACCGGGAAAAAGAGAAAAAUGAUCUUGUGAAAAAACAAAAACGAUUGGAACAUUUACAAAUGACUGUUGCCCAAUAUAAGGAACGAGAGGAUGUUAAGCAAAAACUGCAAGUCUUUAGCGCGAAGAAAUUGUGGAUUGAGACACAGGCUGGAGAAGAAAAAGCUACACAAUUAAAAACCCAAGUUAAAAAGGCAAAAACUCAAAGCGACAAACUGAAAGAACAAAGUAACAAACUUGUUCAGGCUCAAGAACAAAUUCAGAGAAGAAAGGUUUCCUAUAGAGAAGCCUGUUUGGAAAAGACGCGUUCUUUGGAUAAAGCUGUUACAGAAAGGAAUGCUAUAGAAACUCAGCUGGAUUCUUUAAAACAAGGAAUUUGCGAGAACAAAUGUGAAUUGGAGCAAAACAUUCAAAAAUCUUUUAGAAACGCCGCAGAAGCUGUUAAAGUAAAACAGUUGGUGGACAACAAAACCGGAGAACUAGAAAACUUCAAUAAAAACAGGCCUCAGAUUCUUUCAGAACUGGAAAAGGUUAAGGAAUCUUGUGACUCAGCACGUCGUAAAGCCAUGGAACAGUAUAACAGACGAAAGCAGCUUGAACAACAACUUAAUGAGGAAAAGAUUCCAGAAAUAGCUGGUUAUAAGCAUAAAAUAGAUCGAUUGCGAAACGUCAAAUUGCAAAAAAUUGAUGAAAUUAAACUCAGGAAUCCAAAUUUGGUUAAAGCUAUGAAUUGGUUGGCCCAAAAUAAGCAGCAGUAUAAAUUAAACAUUUAUGACCCAAUGAUACUUGAGCUUACUGUGGAAAAUCACGAAGACGCUAAAUAUCUUGAAAAUGUUGUAUCGCAGCGCGAUUUAUUUGCAUUUUCCUGUGAGGACAAGGAGGAUAUGUCGGAUUUGAUCAAUGAGUUGUGUGUGAAGCAAAAAUUAGGAGUCAACAUUAUAUAUUGCGCACCAGCCGAUAAGUGCUUGUACAGUCCAUCUAUUCCAAGAAGUGAGCUACGCCCCAUGGGUUUUCGUUCAUAUCUUGUGGAUCUUGUUACUGGACCUAUACCAAUAAUAAACAAACUGUGUGCUUCCUACUCAAUUCAUAAUAUUCCAAUUGGUACAGAAGCAGUAGGAAAUUAUACCUCAUCUAUUCCAAAAACUAUUCGAGUUUUUUUUGGCGGAAACAAAAAGUUUGUUGUGACGGCAUCCCGCUACCGCUCUGAUACCAUUCUUACAGAGAGCACUAUCCGUGGAAAAAAUCAGCUUAUCACAGUAGAUGCACAACAAUUAGCACAAGAGAUGAGAAAGUAUUCCGAAGCUGUGCGAGAAAGCGACAACAUUAAAAACGCCAUUACCAUGACCGACAAUGAGUUUGAACGUUUGCAAACUGUUACAAAGGAGGAACAAGAUAAAAAGCGAAAACUUGACCAAAAAUUAACGCAUUUCAAUAACCUUAAAAACGAAGUUGAAACACUCGAGAGAAAGUUGAAAAUCCUUCAAAAAAACGAUGCACUGGAUGCUCUUAAAAGUAAUUUCUUUAAUAGUUUGACAAAAGACUUAAAAAAAAUAUUUGACAUCGAGGCGAAAUUGUGCAAUUGCUUGAAAACUGUAGACCUACUCAUGGUUGAAAAGAAAUUGGCCCAGGCAAAAGCAUCCGUUUAUAUGGUGCAACACGAGAGUCAAAGUGAAGCACUCAAGGAAAGCGAGCUUCUGAGUGAAUCAGCAGCCAAAGACUAUCAACAAUUGCAGAACUGCUUGGAAGAGCAGAUUAGCGACAUCAACAAACGGAAGAGCGAUAUCCAACGGCUGUGCAACGGAGAAAUUCCAAACAGUUCCAAAUUUCCCUUUAAGAAGGAAUUUAAAGAUUUGGAAAGCAAGAGCUUGCCAGAAAUACGUGAAUCAAUUCAUGAUUUGCAGGCACGAUUGGAAUGUAUGAAAAGCGUUAAUUCUGAGGCAAUCGACAGCUAUCAACAAUUGCAAAAUGAAGUUCAAAAACUGGAAGAAGGCAUUCAAGAGUCUGUUAACCAAGCGAAAACCAUCGAAUCUGAAAUGUCUAAUUUAUACGAUAAAUGGGAGCCAAAAUUAACUAGCUUGGUAGAAACAAUCAGUACCAAGUUCAGCGAAUUUAUGGCGUCUAUUGAAUACGUUGGAGAAGUCAUCUUAUCCAAAACAGAUAAAUUCGACUUUGAUUCGUACGGCAUUCAAAUAAUGGUCCAGUUUAGGAGAGGUGCCCAGUUACAGCCAUUGGAUAAGUUCAUUCAAUCAGGUGGCGAACGCGCUGUGUCAAUUGCAAUUUACUCAUUGUCAUUGCAACAUGUUACUCAUGUGCCUUUCAGGUGCGUUGAUGAAAUAAAUCAGGGCAUGGACGCUAAAAAUGAGCGUCACAUAUUCGACCUACUCCUGAAAGAAGCGACUAAGCAUGGCUCUGCUCAGUAUUUGUUCGUAACACCUAAGUUGCUCCGAGACCUGAACUACAACGAACACUUAUGCGUUUCAAUUGUUCACAACUCCAAAUCAGUUUGUGAUGGCAUGAAAUUCCCAAUGAUUUAAAUGAUUUGAAAUUUUUUGAAGACUAUUAAAAUGAAUUUGUUGUCUUUGAUUUAUUAAUUUAAUAUUACCAUGUUAAAAUAAAAGAAACACAAUUUUUUUGUUAAUUUGAAUACCAAAACACUCUGACACAAUUACUUUUAAAUAGAUAGCAAAAUAUUCCUGUACCCCGAAUGACCACUCAUAUGAGAAUGUGUUGACUUAUCCGAAUUAAACUUGUGAGCUAGUAACUUUAAGCAUUUGAAAACAAGUAUAAAGGCAAUGAUGCCUGACAAUUUGA